AUGGUGGUAAUAUCUAUAUCCCUAGGUUGCCCGGAUGCUGACCCCACCUUGACCCCAUGGAACCCUGGGCACGACGAAACCGCGCAAGUGUUUGUGGGUAGCGGACAGAACUACCUUCUUCAGUCAUCAGCCACGUUUUUAUCGUUGUACGUCGAAGAUGGUGGAAGGGUUGUCUUUGCUGACUUUGGACCGACAAGUGAUACAGAAAUAGUCCUGAGGGCACGCGAGGUCACCGUAUGGAGAGAUGGAGAGUUCCACAUCGGCAGCGAGACCUGCCCGUACCAGGGGAAGGCCACGGUGUCUCUGUACGGCCGCAAGGACGACCGAAGGAACAGCAAACAGUUCCUGGUCAUGGCAGGCGGAACGGUGGAAAUCCACGGGCAACACAAGCUGGCGUGGACACAGCUCACACAGACAGUUCCGGCAGGGGGCCUUCCUAAGGGUGCCUUUGCUUGGGAUUCUGCUAGUAGCGGAUCCGGAAGGGGUCGAGGAAUACACGUGAACGUCGUCGAUGAAAUAUCAGGAGUCGUGGUGGGCUGGCAAAGUUUCGACACUCACGAUAGCGAAGACAACAGCCGAAGUCUGGCGACUUUUAUCGACCAGAUCCCGUCGGGAAAAAUCGUGACGCUGCAAGCACAAGAUGACGCAUCAGCGAAUCUGGAGGCAACGGCCCGAGAGAAGAUCCGGGCUUUGGGAAGCGUCGAAGUGGAUUUCUUAUCCCACAGGGAGCCCUGGGCCUUUGUCGGUGUGAAGGGAGACCCCAGCCGUGCAGUGGAGCAGAGAAUCCCCUAUGUGGACACACAGACCACCGGUACUGCUGCUGUAACAGCCACUUUUGAUGCCUUCUUCGGCUCCUUUGAUGUCACCGCCACAAGCGAGUGGCUGGGAGGACAAGAUCGGUGCACCUUUGAGGUGACGGGCAGUGGUAAUGAAUACGUCAUCAACCUGAAGGAUGACGUCAGCUCCUGGCAGCCCGGGGACCGCAUCGUGCUGGCCAGCACGGACUACAACAUGGAGCAGGCAGAGGAGUUCCAGCUGCUGCCGUGUCAGGAGUGCUCCAGCCACCAGGUCAAGAUAAGCGGACAAGUUCAGUACAACCACUUCGGCGAGAUCUCGGAUGACGUUGACUUACGGGGAGAGGUCGGCCUGCUGACCAGGAACAUCAAGUUCCAGGGGGAGAUGGAGGACAGCUGCUACGGCGACAACUUCUGCCAGUUCUUCGACUACGACACUUACGGGGGACAUUUGAUGAUUUUGGGAGGCUUCAAAAACGUCCACCUGUCUGGUAUCGAGUUCACCCACAUGGGUCAGCAGGUGCUCGCCAGAUAUCCUGUCCACUUCCACCUGGCCGGAGAUGUGGACGAGGUUGGGGGCUACAGCCGCCCAACGUACGUCCGGGAGCUGUCCAUUCACCACUGCUUCUCCCGCUGUGUGACCAUCCAUGCCACCCACGGGCUGCUGGUCCAAGACACAGUCGGGUACGACACGAUCGGCAACUGCUAUUUCCUGGAGGACGGGAUGGAGCAGCGUAACGUCCUGGACCACAACCUGGGCCUGGUGACGCGGGCGGGCACGCUCCUGCCCACCGACAGGGACGACAACAUGUGGCGGUCCAUGAGGGACGCCGUCUACGGGAACUACGUUCCACAGACCAGUGACUGUCGGGGUGUAGCAACGUUCUUUAUAGCUCACCCUAACAACGUCCUCACCAACAAUGCGGCUGCAGGAUCUCUGCAUGCUGGAAUCUGGUACGUAUUCUACAGCGAGCCUACCGGCCUAUCGACUGGCGAUCUCCCUCCGUACGAAGCCUCGAGGACCCCCAUGGGUCGGUUCUACAACAACAGGGUGCAUUCAAAUGGAAUGGACGGACUUGUGAUAGACUACGGAGUGAAGACCACUGGGGCAUCUUCAACUUCACCGGAGGAAUAUCUAUCCAGAACAGAUGCACGGUACAAGCCCCAUCAGAACGCUGACCUCCUGCAGCCGCGCGUGCCAGCCAUGAUCGAGGGUCUCAUCGCCUUCAAGAACAUGGAACAAGGGGCGUGGGUCCGCGGAGGGGACAUCUGGUUGGACAAAUGCGCCGAAGGUACAUUCCCCAACGACGAAGGGUCGAGCCAGAAGAUCUGGAACAGCAUCUUCAUCGGGGAGAGUGAGAACGUGGGCACUGCCAGCGGGUCCAGUGUCUGGGGGAUGGGAGGGGUCAAACCGAUGGAGAGGAGCCUGCCUAAAGCCACAGAUUUCCCUAUGCGUGGGCUAGAGGUAUACAACGGCCCCACACUGGCUGAAAGCUGCACCUUCAAGAAGUACGCCUCUGCCCCGGAGUACAACCGCUGGAGCAGCGCGAUCGGGUUCUUCCAGAACAACAACUGGCAAACAGCGCCGAGGAACAACCUCAGGGGGAUCAAGUUUGAGGAUGUUCAGAGCCGCGUGUUUCUCGGCGGUAGCAACUUGCCCUGGUUUCAAGGGUACAACCUAGACGGAGACAAGACACAGAUUUUCCACGAUGUCGACGGCAGUACCACCGGCUACCUUGACACCUAUGUAGUCGGGCAGGACAACUUUGUGCUGAGGAACCCGGGCUGUGUGGAGAAGCCGGAGUGGCGAGCCUACAUCUGCAGUGGCAAGUAUGCACAGAUGUGUCUGCAAGGAGGUUGA